AUGGCGUGCGGCGUCUUCGCGCUGCUGACCGGCAUCUACCGCGUCGCAUUCACAUCGGACCAGAAGCGCGCAGACUUGCUCGAAUUCUCCAUGCAGGUGCUGCAGGCGGCCGGUACCGUCGCCGCGUUGCUCCUGCACCCCACGCGCCUCGUCUACCUCCUCCGUCUCGUCCGCUGGCGGCCGUCCGAUGUGAUCAGCCUGCGGAAAGUCUUCUCGCGAGGCGACGCGGCGGUGGCGAAGCCUCACGAACGUCGCCACAUGGCAGUGGUGAUCGGGUUACUCAACAUCGCGUGCGUGAGCCAGUACGGAAUCUUCCUCUGCCUCUGCCUGCACGCGCCCGCGGACCGCCGAAUCUUCCCCGUGCUUGUAUUUAUAUUCGGCGCGUUCGGCCUGGGCACUGUCGCGGGCGUUUACUUCCUGCUCUGCCCGCUCGGCCGCCAGCUUCAUGUUGAUGCCGCUCCGCCUGCGGCGCAUAAGCGUAGUGCGGGGACGGCGGACGGGGAUAACAGUACCGCGCGAGGAAGUCCGGCGGAGAAAGCCCGCACGUGCGGUUUGUGGGGAAUCAGCUCUCGGGGCAGAGGCGACGGCGGGGAGGAGCGGGGGACUGAGGGAAGCGAGCGGCGGGAGAGGGCGAGCGUGGUGAGAGCGCUGUUUCCGGACGAGGAGAGUGGCGAUGGCGAUAGUCCUGAGUGUGCUGGAGAAGACGGAAACAGUGACGACGCGGACAGUAGCAGCAGCAGCAGCGGCAGCGGGAGAGACGGCCGCAGCAGCAACAGCAACAGCAGCAGCAGCAGCAGCAGUGAGAUUAGCGGCAUUGGAGGCAGCUGCACCACUGACCGCUAUCGCCAUAUCCAACGCACUGAGAGUCACAUCGAAGCUUGUCCGCCGCUGGCCCUUCCCCCUGCUGCCCUGGGCCCCCACGCUUACCCCUCUUCCCCCUCUUCCCAGUCCUUCAGCGCGCUUUCGUGCCACCUCUGGUCGUCCCCUGACCAUCGUCCCUCACUCCGCCUCGGCUCCGCCCGCCUGCAGAGCUCGCACAGCCAGCGCAGCAGCAGCUGCCACGUGGACAAGCGCGCUGUGUGGCAGCCGCGUGCGUCAUGCGCAGGCGACAAUCAGGGCUCAAUGGCAGCGCAGGGAGCCGCUGUUACUAACGACGCACCCGAGUGGGCGGGGUCGCUGUGGGGGGUAGCAGACGACUGCGGAAUCGCUGCGCGCGUGGCGCUCUGCUGCCCGUGCGCCUUCGCGCGGCACCUGCACCGUGCGGGCUUCGGCCAUCCGUUCUUCCACGCGCUCAACCUGCUCCUCUUCCUGCUCGCCCCGCCGCUCGUCUUCACUGCAUCCGCGCGCUUCAUGACCAACCCCGCGCUGCAUGCGCUCACCGUGGCGUUCGGCGUGGCGGGGGCGCUCAUGGGGCUGCUGUACGGCGGGUACUGGCGGUGGAAGCUGCGGCGGACCUUCGACCUGCCUGCGCAGACAUGGGUGUGCGGACACAAGGCGUUCUCGGAUUUCGGCACAUGGGUUGCGUGCCCCUGCUGUGCGCUGUGCCAGGAGAUGCGCACCGUGAAGGCGUACGGGCUCAGGGUUGUCGCCCCAGAUGAUGCCCAGCUGGAGGUGAUUGUAACGGGGGGCAAGGGAGAAGCUAGGAGCAGCAGCAAGGGCCGGGCUGAGCGGGACAGUGGCCUGUUAAGCAUCGCCGUUGCUGCGACGCUCCGCAUCGCCCCUCGCUUUGGGGAAUAA